UGGGCUUUGGGGGAUGGAGUGCAGAAGAGCGGUUGAAACUGCAUCCCAUCUUCCUCUAGUUAACAGAACAGUGUGAGGCUUUUGGCUUAGUGCUGGCAUUUGAGAUUGCUUUUUCUUGUCUGGUUGGGAAACAGACGCAGAUUUGGAGUCUCUGUACAUGGAAUAUGAAGAGGAUGAUGAUAUUUUCUUUGCAAAAUGGAUGAGCAGUUUCUGGGGCCACAACUUGAUUGAUGAGAAUGAGAAAGAGGGUAGAGGCCACAAGAAACGUCAAACACGACACUUCAGUGAAAGGAGAGCCUCCCUUCCGGCCAGGCUUUCCUCCCUCCAUACAACACGACUUCAUGCCUCUACCAAAGGCUCAUCCUCAGGCCAUCUCAAGGGCUCCAAAGAAUUUGAAGAAGACCAGGAUUGCAAAUGCCACUGCCACAAGAAGGCAAGCAGGACACCUUCAGCAGAGAGUUCAUGCACAGAGAAAAGAUCAAACUCCAUCCAGGAAUUUGCGGAGUCCUUUGAGAAGCAAUUGCAUUUCAAAAGCAAACGUUCAGUUUCUUUGCAACCUGAAGGCAUGAAGGAGAGAAGAGAAAGAGAGAGAUUGCAUUUGAGAAAGAGCAAGUCUCACAAGAGAAUGGGAGAGAAAUCAGAGCCAGGGAGAGAACAGAAAGAAGAUGAAUGUUCAGAAGAUGUUCCUGCAAAGCACAAUGAACAGUUUGCAUCACAAGCAAACAUUGAGAAAGGAUAUUUAUGCACAGGCAGCUAGAAUUAAUUUUAACACAAUCCCUGAUGAGCAGAGGGAGUAUUCUUUUUUGUUGUUGUUGUUAUUGUUUUGUUUGUGUGUGUGACUAGAAGAUGCCUCUUAGCUAGAGUAAACCCCGACCUGUAAAAUAAAACUAAAAUUCAACUGCAUUACUACCAUUACCGAUACCACAUUGCUACCUCCCUGUCUUUACUUUUUCCACUAGGAAUGUAACCCCUGUCAGAAGGGGUGUGCAUCUGGAGUAGUGAAGCACACCAUAUUACAGAGCUGUGUAAAGUGUUUCUAAGCCUUAUGUUUCUUUUCCAAAUGAAAAAGGGCUUAUUAGUAGGUUUGGGGAAGAAAACAUACACAUAAACUGCCACCUACUUCUUGGUCUUGACAUUCACUUAGAUUUGGCCUGGAAACAGGUAUCUUUUUUCUUUGACAAUCUCCUAAAUGCAAAUUUUUGGAAGUAGUAGAAGAGAAGCCCUCACACUCUCUUCCAAACCUUCCCAAUGCCUCACUUUUCUCUGCUUUCUCUCACUGUCACUGUGCAAUACAACUCUUGUUUCUCUGACACCCCAAUCCCCUCUACCAUGUUCACAGUCCCAAUUCCUCAGUCACAAAACUAGUUCUUUCUGCCAACCUUAACUUCAUCAUUUGCCUUUUUUGUAUCCUUUCCCCUCUCCAUUUACAAUUUUGUAGCCCUGACUCAAAGCUAUCAAGCUCUUUUGUUACAUCUCUAGUUUUGCCUCAUCAAAAUAUGACCCUUGCUUGAAGCCCUCCAGUAAAAAGAUGUUCAGCCUCUUGCACUUCUAUAUAAUCUCCUCAAGGUGUUGCUGAUACUUGCCACAGAUUCAGGGUGAGGGAUUUAAACCCCUUCCAAUUUUUCUCUGUUCAAGAACGAGGGCCAAACCAAAGAAAUGGGAAUCACCUCUGCCUGUGGUAAUCAGGGCUUGGAAAAACUGCUUUCCCUCUGGCUUACAAUUUUUAAAACUCACCAACUGUAAGCAAGAUUUAUUUCUAUGCAGAGGAAAACCACCUUCACAUGCUCAUAAACACAAACACACACACAGUCUUUCAACAUAUGAGUCUUCCCUGCAGAGAUAAACCCUGCCCUCUUUGGGAAUAAUUUGUGAAUAAUUUCCCCAGGCCCAGUAUGGAGGCCCAGUUUGAUGAUAAAGAGUGAAGACUGAUGAAUUUGUGAGCAAGAGUGAAAGUCUGAUGGGUGUUCUACUUGUGAUUUUAUUGUAAUUAACAAUGUUCUUUUUAUUUUACUUUAGAGUCUUAAUUUUGAAUGUUCAACCUUUUAAAAGCUUAGGGCAACCUCAAAAUGUUGUAGCACUUAUCUUCAUUUGGGGGUUGUUUUUGUUUAAAUUGGGGCUUUGGGGACAUAUAAGAAAGUGACUGAACUCUUUCUGAUGCUUGUAAACUGUUUCUUACCUGGCUACAUUUAUUAUAAACUAAUAAAUCUGACUGAAAUAUGUUGUUACUGUG